CAAUAAUAAGAUUUAUUCCAAUAAAUAUAAAAGGACCGCAUUGCUUGAAAAAUUUGAUAAUACAAAUCUGAACUGUCCAAGAAGUUGGAAUAGGCUUGCUUUUGUUUUAAAGGAAAAAUAAAAAUUUUAAUUAUGAGUAUCGAAGAGUUAAGAAAAGAUUCAGAGGAAUUAACGAAAUUCAUCGGUGAAGCCACGCGAAAACGUGUCAAAGAUGCUUUAGUUGGGGCUAAAGCGGAAAUCGAUAGGGAGGUAGUUAAUUUGGAAAUGAAAGCUAAGCAUGCCGAAGAGCGAAAGCAUGUUCAAGCCAAAAGAUAUAUCACCGAACUUACUGAAUAUGCUUGGGAUCAAAGUGAUAAAUUUGUGAAAUUAUUUGUUUCAUUGGACGGUGUCCAAAAUCUUGAUGAAUCAGCUGUAGUUGUUAAAUUCACCGAAAGAUCAAUGAAUUUGCAUGUAAACAAUUUAAAUGAUAAAGAUUAUGGUUUAAUUGUAAACAAUUUGCUUGAACCUAUUGAUGUUGUAAAAAGCUAUAGAAAAAUCAAAAAUGGCUUAGUAGCGAUUUACUUAAAGAAAGCCGAAGAUGGAAAGACUUGGCCAAGUCUCACGACAAUACAAAAACGCCUUAAGGAUAUGCAAAAUCAGGAUUUGAUGCCAGAUAAGGAAGAUCCUCAGGAUGCUCUUUUCAAAAUCAUGAAGAAAUUGUAUGUGCAAGGAGAUUCAAAAACUAAACAAAUGAUUGCAAAAACUUGGACUGAAUGUCAAGAGAAGAAAAUGGAAGCUUAAACUUAAUUGAUUAAAAGUAAAAUUCGAGCAGCAAACAGUACAACAAAGAGUUAUAAAUAGAUUUACUGUAAUUGAUUGAAUUCGCUGCCAAAUUUGUAAUUUCGUAGUGUUGAACAAUUAUUUGAUUAUUCUAUAGUGUCUUUAAUAAUUUCCAUCACUGUGUAUCUCUAUAUUAACGUCAUUGAAGUUUUAGUUAAUAAAAACUAUUUCUACAUACAUA